UUGUAAGUUGUAACCAUUAACAAAGCAAAAGCAAGGUAUGUCUGUUGCGAAAUCAACGAAUAUGCCACCAACUAUGUACACGUGGCAUGUUCCUUCUUUCUAUGUGUCUUCCUUUCUCUCCACGUGUCCCUACCCUCCACCCCCUUCUCAUUCCUCUUCUCUCUGUCAAUUACAGUUUUAUCUGUAAUUGUUUCCUAUGGAUUCUUUUCUCUUUUUUUGAUGAUCAUUUGCCAUUGGUUAUUUGUUUUCAUUGUAUCAUAGUUUGCAUGCAGAGUGCAAUGGUGAGAGCAAAAGGUUUUGUUUUAAUGGAGAAAAUAUUGUUGAAAGAUGGAGGAAUGUUUGAUUGGUGGGAUGAGAUUGAUGAAUCAGAGGAAUGGCAGAGAUUCAUUUUCUAUUUCUUAUCUGCUUCCUAUGCUUUUGUUUCCUUUGUUGCCCUGGUGCAACUAUGCCGAAUUCAAUUGAGAGUGCCAGAGUAUGGGUGGACAACACAAAAGGUUUUCCACUUGAUGAACUUUAUUGUGAAUGGAUUGAGGGCUGUUCUCUUCGGUUUCUACAAGAGUGUGUUUCUUGUUAAAUCCAAGGCGCUUGAAAUGUUGCUUCUGGAUCUUCCUGGUCUUUUAUUUUUUUCAACAUAUACGUUGCUUGUCCUUUUUUGGGCAGAGAUAUAUCACCAGGCAAGAAGUCUUCCCAUUAAUAAACUUAGGCCUGCAUACUAUAGCAUCAAUGGAUUUAUAUAUUUUGCUCAGGCAUGCAUAUGGAUUUCUGUAAGAUUAAGUCAGAGCCGGCUUGCGGUGGAACUUGCUAGACUCUUCAUUUCAGUUAUUUCAUUCUGUGCGGCGCUAGGAUUCAUGAUAUAUGGUGGGAGGUUGUUCUUCAUGUUGAGACGUUUCCCUAUUGAAUCUAGAGGUCGUCAGAAAAAGCUGUUUGAGGUUGGUUUUGUAACAGGGAUCUGCUGUGCUUGUUUCUUGCUAAGAUGCUUUGUGAUGACACUCUCGGCCUUUGACAAGAAUGCUGAUCUCAAUGUUCUAGAUCAUCCAAUCCUAAAUCUUAUCUAUUACAUGUUAGUAGAAAUUCUUCCAUCAGCUUUGGUGCUGUUCAUCCUUCGAAAAUUGCCUCCAAAGCGCGUUUCUGAUCAGUACCACCCCAUUAAUUGAAGAGAUGAAUGCAUUAGUACCUGCAACUUCAAGAUUAAAUGCUCUGGAAAAUGUAAGAGCUGCUUGAUCCAUGGUCUAGAUUUCCUCACUGUCACAGAACUUCUCAUGUAUAUUCACCCUACUUUUUCUCAACAGAUAUCCACUUCGUCAACUUUUUGCUACUAUAAUUCAAAAGUAGCAAGAGAAUUUAACAUGUAUUGUCUUCGCAAGUGAUAACAUGCAGCGGGGGAAUGCUUUUCAAUUACUGGUUUCAUUAGCACAAAAAAUUACUAAAAGAGAGAGAGAGAGA